UUUGACAAGUGUCACCCGGCUCGGUCUCUUACACACGUCAACCGGCAAAGAAAGAGCUAACGGUGGACAGAAACUCGGCGGCAGGUGAAAUGGACGAACCUUCGGAACAAAUGAGACCCCUUCUGAGAACAGGUCUAGAUGAAGAGGCGAUCGUUGACCAUGGAAAGACCAGCUUUACCACUCACACAAACUAUGAAAAGGAAGACUUGGAAAGCCACAGAGCAGUGUACGUAGGCGUCCAUGUUCCUCUUGGAAGAGAGAGCAAGCGAAGGCAUCGCCACCGAGGACACAAACACCACCGAAAGAAGAAAGAGAGAGACUCUGAGGAGGGGAAGGAAGAUGGCAGGGAAUCCCCUUCUUACGACACACCAUCCCAGAGGGUCCAGUUCAUCUUGGGUACAGAGGACGAUGACCUCGAGCAUGUCCCACAUGACCUCUUCACUGAGAUGGAUGAGCUCUCCUUCAGAGACGGCAGUGCCACUGAAUGGAAAGAGACUGCCAGAUGGCUGAAGUUUGAGGAGGAUGUGGAAGAUGGUGGGGAGAGGUGGAGUAAACCCUACGUGGCAACAUUGUCACUACACAGCUUAUUUGAACUACGCAGCUGUAUACUCAAUGGCACAGUCAUGCUGGAUAUGAGGGCCAACAGUAUCGAGGAAAUUGCGGACAUGGUGAUAGACAGCAUGGUGGCUUCAGGCCAGCUGAAGGAGGAUCUGCGGGAAAAGGUGCGGGAAGCCAUGCUGAAGAAACACCACCACCAGAAUGAGAGAAAGCUCAGCAAUCGCAUCCCUCUGGUGCGCUCCAUUGCUGACAUAGGCAAGAAACAUUCUGACCCACUCUUGCUUGAAAGAAACGGAGAGGGGCUGUCCUCUUCACGUCUCUCUCUCCACAAGCCAGGGGCAUCCUCCUCUGUAUCCAACCUGUCCCAAAGACGAGAGUCCCGAGUCUCCGUCCUGCUCAACCACCUCCUGCCCUCUUCUUACUCCAACACUGGGUCCUCCCCAGCUCCAUCACCCCUCACCACCCCUCAAAAUACCCCCGCUUCCUUCCGGCGCUCCUCCCAAAGCCCACCACGCACCCGUGGCGCAGGCCUUGGCCCUCAAGGCAUCCCUCAGGUGGUCGUAUCGCCUCCCGAAGAUGACGACCCACCAAACUCUGCAGAAGAUGAUGCUGCAUCACCACAGUUCAGCCGGCGAGCAUCCUCGGCAUCCCAGGGCCUCGAGCUGCUGCCCUUAGAAGGACCAUUGGUGUCUCCGAACUCUGUCCCUAACAACCUGGAUGGCAACAAGGCAGUGGAGAGGAGGCCGUCCAAAGUAGGGGUGGAUAUGAAUUUCAUGAAAAAGAUUCCUCCAGGCGCCGAGGCUUCCAAUGUGCUGGUGGGAGAAGUGGACUUCCUGGAGAAGCCCAUAAUUGCCUUUGUACGGCUGUCCCCAGCAGUCCUUAUCACAGGCCUCACAGAGGUGCCUGUUCCCACAAGGUUUCUUUUCCUGCUUUUGGGUCCUCAUGGCAAAGGGCCACAGUACCAUGAAAUUGGCAGAUCCAUGGCCACACUGAUGACAGAUGAGAUUUUCCACGAUGUGGCAUACAAAGCCAAAGACCGAACGGAUCUCCUCUCUGGGAUAGAUGAGUUCCUUGAUCAAGUGACUGUCCUGCCUCCUGGAGAAUGGGAUCCCACGAUUCGGAUUGAGCCCCCCAAGAAUGUCCCAUCUCAGAUGAAGAGAAAGAGACCGCCCCAGCCCAACGGCAAUGCGUCUCCAGCUGGAGAGCUGGAGAAGGAAGACGGCCAUCACAUAGGGCCUGAGCUACAGAGGACCGGGAGGAUAUUUGGAGGUUUGAUCCUAGAUGUCAAGCGGAAGGUACCAUUCUACUGGAGUGACAUCAGGGACUCCCUCAGUCUGCAGUGUCUAGCCUCCGUCCUCUUCCUCUACUGCGCCUGCAUGUCCCCUGUCAUCACAUUUGGAGGUCUGCUUGGAGAGGCAACAAAAGGCAACAUAAGUGCCAUAGAGUCUCUAUUUGGGGCAUCACUGACAGGAGUGGCAUACUCCCUCUUCGCAGGCCAGCCCCUCACUAUUCUUGGCAGCACGGGGCCUGUCUUAGUGUUUGAGAAGAUCCUCUUCAAGUUCUGCAAUGACUACAGCCUGUCCUACCUGUCACUGCGGACCAGCAUUGGUCUGUGGACAGCCUUCCUGUGUCUUGUCCUCGUGGCAACAGAUGCUAGCUCCUUGGUCUGCUACAUCACCCGGUUCACAGAGGAGGCCUUUGCCGCACUCAUCUGUAUCAUCUUCAUCUACGAGGCUCUGGAGAAGCUGUUUCACCUGGGAGAACACUACCCUAUCAACAUGCACAACAACUUGGACAACCUUACCCUGUAUUCGUGUCAGUGCUCUCCACCAGUUAAUGCCUCAGAUCAGCUGGAGCGGGAAUGGAACCGGACAGGAUACAGCCCAGACUCUAUCCCAUGGAGCAGCCUCAAUGUUUCGAUGUGUAAAAUGCUUCAUGGGGAGUUUGUGGGUCCGGCCUGUGGUCACCACGGGCCCUAUAUCCCAGAUGUUCUCUUCUGGUCUAUCAUCCUCUUCUUCACCACCUUCUUCCUGUCCUCCUUCCUCAAGCAGUUCAAGACAGAGAGAUAUUUUCCCACCAAGGUGCGUUCUACCAUCAGCGACUUUGCUGUAUUUAUAACCAUCAUGAUCAUGGUGUUGGUUGACUAUCUCAUGGGCGUCCCCUCUCCUAAACUGAAUGUUCCUGACCGCUUUGAGCCAACUUCAAAGAACCGCGGCUGGCUGAUGGACCCAUUAGGGGGAAAUCCCUGGUGGACACUGCUGGUGGCAGCACUUCCUGCCCUGCUCUGCACCAUCCUCAUCUUUAUGGACCAGCAGAUCACUGCAGUCAUCAUAAACCGCAAGGAGCACAAACUCAAGAAAGGCUGUGGCUAUCACCUGGACUUGCUGGUAGUGGCAAUAAUGCUGGGUGUGUGCUCCAUUAUGGGCCUGCCGUGGUUCGUGGCUGCAACCGUCCUCUCCAUCUCCCAUGUCAACAGCCUGAAGGUGGAGUCAGGCUGCUCCGCGCCGGGAGAGCAGCCCAAGUUUCUGGGCAUCCGAGAACAGCGGGUCACUGGAUUCAUGAUUUUUAUCCUCAUGGGUUGUUCUGUUUUCAUGACUUCAGUGCUCAAGUUCAUUCCUAUGCCAGUCCUAUAUGGAGUCUUUCUCUACAUGGGUGUCUCUUCCCUCAAAGGCAUUCAAUUCUUUGACAGAAUCAAGUUGUUCGGCAUGCCUGCCAAGCACCAGCCUGAUCUGAUCUAUCUUCGCUAUGUGCCGCUGUGGAAGGUCCAUAUCUUCACCCUGGUGCAGCUCACCUGUCUGGUGCUGCUGUGGGUCAUCAAGGCCUCUGCAGCAGCUGUUGUGUUCCCCAUGAUGGUUCUGGCACUGGUCUUUAUCCGAAAGCUUCUAGACUUUUUCUUCACCAAGAGAGAGCUGAGCUGGCUGGAUGACUUGAUGCCAGAAAGCAAGAAGAAGAAAGAAGAUGACAAGAAAAAGAAAGCGCGUGAAAAGCUGGAGGAAGAGUCCAGAAUACACGAAGAAGAGGAAAUGGGAUUGAAGGUUGGCUUUGAAGGUUCAAACCGGCUCAGCAUCCCAGUGAAAACACUCUCAGGGAGAUCAUACAGAAUAGGACUAGUGACCCACAACCUCCCAAUGGAAGAAGAGCCAGGAGAAGGUGGCCUGCGUUAGAGUCGACGUCAGCCCAGACUCACCCGGAGGAGGUUCCACUGCCGAGACCUUCCUGUGAUAAAAGGGAGGCCCUCCUUCCCUCCUGAUACCUUCUCCCACAUAACACUCUACCCCGCUGACGGGCACCAUCUUAGUGGGAAAGGGGGCGUAAAACUGGAGCAGCACAACCUGCCUGCACAGCUCCCAAACCCCCAGGGCUGUGAGUCCUACUCCACUCAAGUCUUGAAGUGAGCAGCACAUGUACAAAUGGCUGCCGUGAUGUACUGUAGAGCACACAUCUCCGAGGAAUGAAGGAAUUCUGCUGUUACUGCCCACCGACGCUCACUGUUUAGGAACUAGCAAUUUCUUAUCACCCACUUAAACCACAGAUGCCAAAGGAAAGGGCCUCACUGAUGGGGAUUUCAGACUGUGCAAAUUUAAUUUUUACCUUUUAACCCCUUGUAUAUUUUAAUUUCAAUUUUACUGUCAUUGUUUUAGCUGGUCCCAGUUCUGUACAUGUUUGCUUCUUGCAGCUCUGUUGUCCUGCACUGUUUGUUUUCAUGCAUUUUAGGUCAGAUUGAGACCUUUCACUAAACUGCACCAGCUUCAAAACUCAUUUGAUUAAAGCCAUUCAGGUACUGUCAGUGACAGAUGGUUAUAUUUUAUAAUUGGUCUGACACACUAAAUGACACAAACCAAAACAGAGGUACUUUCAAAUAGAUACUGAUACUACUACACCACACCACUACUGCAUACAUCUUUAUAAAUUUACUUAGAGAUCAUUUCUCCUUCCUGCAGGAGAACACUCAGUAUUGAUAUUGCUGCUUGAAAGUUGGUCAUUUGUUCUCACUGUAAACCUCACUAUUCACAUUAUUCUAUGUGCUGUUAUAGAAAUAUCAUUGUAUGUAUGUAUGUGUACUGUGUUCUUUUCAUUCGUAACAUUAGAGAAAACCUACUUCUGAGGCCAUAUAAAGUCUGUACUGUACAGUAAGCACUUUGCCAGUAUAGUUUCUUACAUAGAAUGGAUUAUAGUGUGUUGAUAAAAAAGGUUACUUCUCCUCCCACAGUAUCUAUAGAGCUGUUGUUCAAAUGUCAGUUAAACAACUCAGGAAUCUUGAAGGAUUUCUGACUGUGGUCACUUGAUAUUUUUGUCACAGGGCAGCGAUAAUUAACUGUCCACUGUAUUCCUGUCAUCGCUGGUAUCACAACUAUUUUAAUAAAUGCUGUAAAUCAUAAAAAUAUAGUAAGGUGCAGAAUAAAAGAGAGAAUAUUUGUGACCCCAGUUAGUCGCACCCGUUUUAUACUGUCUGUAUUAAUGUUGGUUAUAGUGUGUGUGUGGUGUAAAGAUAAUUUGGUAUGUCUAGCGUUGCAAAUCAUUUUAUGCAAAAAUAUUUCUACAGUAAAUGUAAAAACUAUUGUAUUCUAUGAAGUUGUUCUUAUUUUGCUACGUGCAGUCCUGUUUUAGCAAUAAGUAUUCCAUACCGUGCAACGUAUGGACUCAUGAACCUAGCUAAUAUCCAGGCGAAGAAUAAUUUGUGAAACGAUUUCUGUGUCUGUUUCAUCGGCUCUGUCUGUGUGUAGCUACAGUGACUCUACGGACAAUAGCUUAUGUGCCUUGUCGAAGCUCUUUCAAUGUGCAAGUCUUGUACUGAUAAUUUAAGUGUUGAGAUCAGAUAUACAGGUACACACACGAUGGCACACAAAUGCCAAAGACAGGCCAUCAUCACAAGAUGGAACCAGUACUCGGCUCAUUUGCGGAGGCUUGUCUGUCGUAAUGUUUUUCCACGUUUGAGCCACCGACUCAAACGAUGUAACUCGAGCUGUCCUCUGUUUUAAAAAUGUAACCCUAACUACUGUUUCUGUGUGCGUGUUCUACUGUCACAGCUCUAGUAUUUGCUCACAGCAUAAAAGCUCUGUAAUCAAUAUUGAGGUACUGGUUUUUUUGAAUGAUCAGUGAAUGUCAAAUUAUUUUACUGUCAACAUCAAAAAUUGAAGUCUGUGACAAUUUGCCAAACAUCUCUUUUGUAAAAAACUAAAUCUUAAUUUGAAAUUCAGUCAUAUAUGGUUAUAGCUCUACAAGUACACCAAGUACUUAUAAUUUCAUAAUAUUGUUUAUUUUGAUUAAAAAAAAGACCCUGUGCUCACAUCAUGUAUCUCAGUUCAGAUAUUUUAGCUAAUAGAGGUGGAUGAAAAAUAUCGGCAACAAAAAGGAGGUUUUACCCUCCAUCAUCACACCAACAUCACUUUGUAAAAAAAUGCAUUUGUUCUGAUGUACGGACACACAACGUCAGUGAAGCACAGUGCAUCCUGUUGUUAGCUUGAAUGAUGACUUUUCUGUCAUGGCAGAAUGGUGCAAAGCAAUAAAAGUGGAAACAUG